ACUCCCUACAACUACCGGCUCUGUCACAUUGUGAUUGUAACCAUAAGAGAAUCCGUAGAUAGAGAGAACUACCAUUACCGCCAAAAUAAUACCCAUGGCUUGCUACCUUUACCAAUAUUUAAUCAACGCUUAAACAAUUAUAGAUUGGAAAUAAACGUGGGAACGAUUCGAACCAUUCGAACGCAAUUGAUGAAGUGUAAACAGUCGGCGGUUUGGCCGUCAAAGUUAAGCCGGCAAGUCAAUUUUGAACUAGACAGUGGAAUCGUGUUGCUUUAAACGGGUUCGAAGUUGAACAAAGUCGAACGGACGAGAUGUGCGGGCGUACUGCAUGCACCUUGGAAGCCGUGGAGUUGUGCCAAGCCUGCCCGCAUAAAGGUUCGGCGGGAAAAUACCGCUGGACUCGCUGGCAGGCGGGCGAUGCCGGAGCUGGAACUGGCUAUUGGCCCUCGUAUAAUCUCGCCCCGAGGGACAUACUUCCGUGCAUCGUUGCCGGGCGAUAUUUCAAUGUUGAGGAGGAACGAGUACUACAUCCUAUGGUGUGGGGAAUUAUACCUCGAUGGGUCAAGGGCGACUAUAGGGAGUACAAUGUAGCACCUUACAACGCUCGCUGCGAAGGCUUGUUUGAAUCCAAGGUAUAUUCUCAUCCUUUGUUACACGGUCAACGAUGCGUGAUAGUAUGCGAUGGUUAUUACGAAUGGAAAACAAGAAGGCAGACGGUCAAAGGAGUCAAGCAACCUUAUUUCAUCUACGCUAAACAGGAUGAAGGUGUCAAAAUUGAAGAUCGUCAAACUUGGAAAGCCGAAUGGUCGGAAAAUGACGGAUGGAAAGGAAUCAAGUUAUUAAAAAUCCCUGGGAUAUUCGACACAUGGUUGUCGGGAGAGAAAAAAAUAGUAUACAGUUGUUCGAUGAUAACUACCAGUGCCGAGGACAUACCGUCAUGGCUGCAUCACCGGAUUCCCAUGGUGUUGGAGAGUGAAGAAGAAGUGGCAGAUUGGCUGGACUUCACAAAUGUUUCAAUGCAGGAUGCGUUGGUAAAGUUACACCAUCCUCCAAUAGACUCUCUUCAAUGGCACCGAGUUGACCCAAGGGUGAAUGACUCACGAUUCAAUAACAUCUCUUGUUACAAGCCAAUCGUCAUUGGGGAGAAGAAAGACGAAGCGUCUUCAUCCGGCAUGGUGGCUUCUUGGCUACAAACUGGAAGUACGACAAGUGUGGAAGUUAAAUCCGAGAUUGACGCCGGCAAUGAUGAAUCACCUACCAAACGGUUUAAAUCAGGCUAAUUAUUUUCAACCGAAAGUAAAAAAACAUGUACCAUAGCAUAGUUUUUAAGUCAGCAUAGAGUAAAUACGCUCCUAUGUCGCAAAAAAAACUUUCUCAGGAAAACAAAAUUCGUUAACAUUGUCAUAGGUAGUAAGUAAGUGAAACAAUACAAAUACCAGUUAUUUCAGCUGUGUACAAUUAAUUGAUAAUAGAAACGAUGGAUAGUGAUAACCAAGCGACGUUGACAGAGAAUCUUCCUGCUCUGUGUUGCGAUGUACUUAUUUUUCGUAUUUUAAUAAAUUAUAAGA